GAAAAUUGUGCAUUUAGAGUAGUGUGGUUGAGAGAAAAAAUAUUUUUUUUUACUGAAAAAUCAUCAAAAAAACCAAAACUUUUCUGUCCUCAUGUAACGUACAUAUCUAAAAAAAAACGUAAAAAAAUUAAUGAAAAAGUGAUAAAAUUACGGAUUGAAGAUUAAAACGAUAGCUGCCGGUAACGAAAUUCAUUAUUCCGUGGCAUGGGUAGUCAAGCAAGUAAUACAUCUUAUCCAGUUGCUUGUGUUGUAAUUGGUGCAGGUUCAUCGGGCGGUGGCGGCAUUCCCAAAUCACCCUCAUUUCACAGUAGUUUAGAGCUUGCCGAGGCAACGGGACGCCAAAUUGUCUCGCCCGAAAAUUGUAACUACUUUACGUUCGCAUCUCCCGCCGAAAUGAACAAUUCUUCUGACGAAAAUCCCACUGCCGGCAACGGGUUUGUCGCGAAGACAAUCCAAAAUUUCUCGCGUUUCCAAAAUAACGUGACAAAUAAUCAAUCGGUUGACAAUGAAAAUAACGACACAUCAUCCAAUAGUCUAACAAGAAGUAGUUUAGUUGGCAGUGUUAGUAAUAGUAUCGCUAAUCGCAUCAAUAGUAUUAAUGACAAAUUAAAUAAUGGCACGAAUAAUUUAGUAAAGAUGCCGCAGCAACAACAACAACAACAAAACAUAUCAACGAACGGAGACAAUAAGAAUUUACUGAGACCCGUAGCGGUUGCUGUCGUGAGCGGCGGAAGUCCGAGUCGUGCGCGUGAUAGAAAUAAUUUGAAUGGCGGCGUUUCGCCAAACUCAACAGUGAAUGGAUCGAUUCCAUUACCGCUAAUUAAAGGUUUUUUUUAA